CGAACACCGAUUGGUUGAUACAAAAAAUAAUAAAAAAUUGAGAACCUCAUUUCGAACCGUGUUGGAAUAGAUAGUCAAUUAUGGAGAAAGUUACGUGUGAUGUCCACGGUGGCGUAUGUUUGCUGAAGACAGGGGUGAAAGAUGGACCAAGUCAAGGCAAAAGCUUCUACGUGUGUGUGGACAAGCGUGGCUGUAACUUCAGCAAAGUGGCCAGUAUCUCGGCCUCCCACUGCCUCCUGCACGAGGACUCCAUGGUCGAGCUGCAAGCGUUAUCUUUUCGCCAGCAGCAGCAGCAGUGCAGGUUGUUCUACAGGUGUGUGGAAGGUAGAAAAUCUGGGCAGCAAUGGUGUGGACAUGUACCUUGGACUGUGCCGGAGAACGAAGAGAAUAAGUGUGAAAAAACGGCACAAGCUGCUUCUCUGCCACUUGUGCGAAACCCCUUUAAAGUUCCAGAAAAAGUGGGCCAAGAAUCGAAGUGGACGCAAAUAGAAAGUAAGAGCAAAGACGAAAUGGCAAAGAAAAGUCCAGGAGAUGAAGGGCAAGAUAGGCCAAUCACAGAUGGCGACACAUACAGGGCCAAACAUCUUCCAGUGGGGAUGAAGGUGAAGACAAAGUCUGUCGAUAAAACAUCUCCUCCAAGCACUUCGAAGCCCAAAAGCGACAUGGCCAACCCCGGCGUCACUACAUCUGUGCCCAAAAGCGACAUGGCCACUUCCGAAGACUGUGCAACAAGAGAAAUCUCCACUUCUGUGCCCAAAAGUGAUACGGCCAUCAAAAGCAACAUGGGUGCCUCCGUAAGUUCCGUAUCGGAGUCAAGUGCCUCCAAAUCUGUGCUCAAAAAGGUGAUGGUUGCCUCUGGAGGUUUGUCCAAAGCAAGUGCUUCCGUGCCUGCGCCAAAAAACAAAACGGUUGCUUCAGGAGGGUCGGACGACGCACCAUGGAGACACCGUCAAAGCAACCAGUUCCAAGAUGACGACGAAGAGGACGAAGACGUGGUGCUGGUGUCCGUAAAACCCCCUCAAAAGACCGCCAUCCAGAAGCCACUGACCUCCUACUCUGGCUUUCAGCCAGCCUCCAAUGUGAAAGCUCCACUGAGGGACCCCCGGGGGAUGCACAGGAUGCUGUCCACUCAGCUCCAGCAGAAAAAGGCCACCCUGGCAGCGGUGAACGUGGCGGCGCUGCCAGACAAAGGCGAGCGUCUGAGGACUCAGGUUCAAGAGCUGGAGGCGGCGCUGGAGUCUCUCAACCUCAGUCCCGCAGACGAGAGGCCAACCAGCAGCCAGGGUGAGAACGCCCCCAGCCGCCCGGGCGCCACCAUCCUCAUUCCAGCACUUCCCGCCCAAAGACAGCAACUUCAGCCAAGGCAGAUGUCUGAAGCACACCAGGCCUUCUACGGCGGCCGUAUGACGGACAACCGUCUGCUGGCGGUGAAGAACGCCACAAGCGAGGCCAUUGACCAUCUGCACAGGUCGCUAGAGUCCUGCCCGGCCCCCGACGCCGAGGCUCCGGACCCUAAGGGGCUCAAGGUUCCGCUGCUGGCCCACCAGAGGAGCGGUUUAGCCUGGCUGCUCUGGAGGGAAGAGCAAAAUCCGUGUGGAGGCAUUUUGGCCGACGACAUGGGCCUGGGGAAAACGCUCACCAUGAUCGCGCUCGUAUUGGCGCAGAAGAUCAACGCAAAGGCUGAAGACGGAGAAGACAAGAAAAAGGAGGAGGAGGAGGAGGAGGAGAAGCAUGAGAGCUGGCUGUCAAAAACUGAUUGCCGAGCGGUGCCGUCCAAAAGCACCCUGGUCAUCUGCCCGGCCUCGCUGGUCCACCACUGGAAGAAGGAGAUUGAGCGACACGUAAAGGGGAGCCGGCUCAGCGUGUACUUGUACCACGGGUCCGACCGCAAGAAGAACGCCCGAAUGCUGGCUCAACACGACGUGGUGGUGACCACGUACGCCUUGGUGUCCCGAGAAACGCCCAGCCAGAAGGAGGUGGACAAACCCAACCAGGAGGCCAACAAUGCGGCGGCGGUGGCGAACGGCAGCCCCCUCAUACGUGUGGCGUGGGCGCGGGUGAUCUUGGAUGAGGCGCACAACAUCAAGAACCCCAAGGUACAGCAGUCCAUGGCCGUGUGCCAGCUGACGGCGGCCGCCCGCUGGGCCAUGACCGGAACGCCCAUCCAGAACAACCUGCUGGACAUGUACUCGCUGCUCAAGUUCCUGCGCUGUUCUCCGUUUGACGAGUUCAAACUGUGGAAGGCGCAGGUGGAUAACGGCUCCAAGCGCGGCAGGGAGCGACUCAACAUCCUGACCAGGACUCUGCUGCUGCGACGCACCAAAGACCAGCGGGAUUCUUCUGGAGAACCGCUGGUGGCGCUUCCCGACCGGACCUGUAAGGUGCAUCAACUGCAACUGUCGGAGGACGAGCAAGCCGUCUAUGACGUGGUCUUUGCCCAGUCCAGAUCUACUCUGCAGAACUACUUGAAGAGGCACGAAGGGAGCGACAUGAAGGGAAAGCACGUCUCUGCUUCCAAUCCCUUUAACAAGGUGUCGCAGGAGUUUGCCUCGUCCCAGACCGACUCGCCUGUGUCCUCGUCCCAACAACCUCCGCAGACGACCAGCACCGCCCACAUCUUAUCCCUGCUGCUGCGUCUGCGACAGUGCUGCUGCCACCUGUCACUGCUCCAAAAGACUCUGGACGCUUCGGAGCUGCAAGGCGACGAUGUGGUCCUGUCCCUGGAGGAGCAGCUCAACGCUCUGUCCCUCACGUCCACGUCAGAUGCCGGCGAGGACACGGUGGGCCUGAACGGGACACGUUUCCCUUCACGGCUCUUUGAGGAGCGCAGCAGGAGCACCAAGAUUUCUGCCCUUGUCUCAGAGUUGGAGGCCAUUCGAGCUAAAGGUGACAACCAAAAAAGUGUGAUCGUGUCCCAGUGGACCAGUAUGCUCCAAAUCGUGGCCGUCCAUCUGCAGCAGAUGGGCCUGCGCUACGGCGUCAUCAAUGGAGCCGUCAACCCUAAACGCCGCGUGGACCUGGUGGAGGAAUUCAACAGCAACCCCAAGGGACAUCAGGUGAUGCUGGUGUCUCUCUGUGCCGGAGGAGUCGGCCUCAAUUUGGUGGGCGGGAAUCAUCUCUUCCUUAUGGACAUGCACUGGAACCCAGCCCUAGAGGACCAAGCCUGCGACCGAAUCUACCGCGUGGGACAGAAGAGAGAUGUCACCAUCCACAGAUUUGAGUGCAAGGGCACAGUGGAGCAGAAGAUUGCCACGCUGCAGGCCAAAAAGAAGCAACUGGCCCAGAGCGUGCUGUCCGGAACAGGCGACGCUGGCACCAAGCUUUCCCUUGCAGAUCUCAAGAUUAUAUUUGGCAUUUGAAGUCUUACAAAAAACUUGUUUUUUUAUUUGCCUGUGAAUGUUUUUAUGUGUGGCAGUUCAGUGUUUUUCAAUAUUAUCAGAGCCAAGGUACUUUUGCGUUUCCAAGGAACCCAAUUUGUGUUGAUUUUUUUUUUUUUUUGGCUAGCAAAUAUAUUUUAACUUCUUACAUACGCUUUUGUGUUUGAGUUGAUACGUUACAAUACUGGGCUAUUUUUUCAGUAUCGAAAUAAUGACAUGCCCAAUAUGAUGCCAUCCAUCUUGGUGGGGGCGACAGCCCCCCGUGGCCCGCCCAUUGUUACGGGUCUGUUUUGCCUUUGAGUCAUUAAAAAGAAAAUGUGUAUU